AUGGACGCCGAGACCAUCUCCCAAGUCACCCAGUCCUUCCACCAAAUCUUCUCCCACAUCCCCCACGCAGUCUACGGCCUCUCCGCCCUCGCCCUUCACGGGGACGAACCCUCCACCCUCGCCCUCCCCGGGGACGAACCCCGCCGCCUCCCCCGCACCGUCCACGUCCUCUGCCCGGAGCACACCCGCCAGACCAUCCUCCACUGGGCCGCCAUCAAGCAGCUCACCCGCCUCUCGCCCGUCACCAGGGAGGGCCGCGACCACUGGGGCGAGGACGACAACGGGUACAGCGUCUACUCGACCGAGUUCCACGGCGGGGGCAACAUCGAGGGACACGACCUCGUCCUCGCCGUGGCCAUACCGGACGGCAGCCUCCGCCGCGUGAGGAUCGUCUUCGAGGACCAGGACGAGUUCAGCAGGCUGCCCAAGGUGCCAGCGCCAGCGCCAAAACAACCCACCGUGCCCUGCCCCCGGACCGCCACGUCCCCGCAGGUCCUGUCCCUCCCGGCGAUCGUGACCAGGAUAGUCCUCGGAUAUCAGAAGUCCCUCACCGAUGGCGCUUCGACAAACACGCAGAAAGUCAUGCGUGAUGGCUUAGUCUGGGUAUUGGACCAAAUCAUCAACUCCCCACCCAAUGACAAGGUCAAGUUGGACGGGACAUGGAAAACCAACCUGUCUAGCUGGGUGUUCUUGGUCCCAUUCACAGAGCAAUUCCCCGAAGCAGAGCCGCUACUCGAGCAGGCAGGAAUCGAGAACCAGUUUUGA